AUGAAAAGACAUACUGUAGGCAAACGAUUUCGUAAAAUUAAAGGAUUACGUAAAUCUGAUCCUAAUGCAAUUAUUCCUGAACCUCCAAAACAAUUAUAAGAUUAUAUUGAAAUCUUAACUUCUAAAGGUGUAUACAUUAACAAAGUUAAGUAUGCAAUCUUUUAAACUAAAAAUGGUUUAAAAUAUCCAGGUCUUAUAGGUAUUUAAAUUAUAUUAUAAUAUAGCAUCUGAGAAGAUCUUAUCAAAUGAAACAUUAGUCUAAGUACCUAGAGAUUUAUUAUUAACAACAAGACAUGCAUUUGAAUCACCUUUGAAAUAAAUGUUUUUAGAUCAUCCACAAUUCUUUAGCAAUUAAUUUUAAUCUUCAUGGGAAGAUCAUUAAUUAAUGGCAUUUAUAUUAUAUGAAUAUUAAAGAGGACCUGAAUCAGAAUGGCAUCUAUUAAUCUCUAAUUUACCUAGAGAUAUUGAUUAUCUUGUUUUUUGGAGUUAAGAAGAAUAAGAUUUAUUAGAUGAUGAAUAAUUAAUAAAAUUGGCUAGAAAAUAAUAUUAAGAAUUUUUACUUGAAUAUGAAACUCUCAAAUUUAUUACAGAUAAAUAUCCAUAACUCUUUAAACCAGAUAUUGUUACCUUAGAAAAUGCCAAAUGGGUUUAUACACAUUUAGUUACAAGAUGUUUUGGUAAAUAUUUAGCUUAUGUAACAAUGGUACCAUUUUGUGAAUUAUUUAAUCAUGAAUGUACAGAUGUAUUCUAUGAUUUUGAAUACAAUGCUGAUAAUCCUCAUAAAAGUGAAGAGAGUGAAUAAACUUAAGUUAAAGAAUUAAAAGAAGAUGAAGAAUUAUCAGUUACAUCUUCUGAAGGUUCAUAUAAUUCUGAAGAUGAAAUUAGUGAUUCAGAAUAUAUAACAGAUACAUAUGAAUAAUUUAAAGAAUUUAGUUUUGAUGAUUUUAGUGAAUAAUCUACUUAAAAGUUUUAUGAAGAAUUUAGCAAGACAUUUGAUAUUAAACAAUAAGAAAAUGAAGAAGAAGAAGAAUUUAAUAAAAGAAUUAAAGAAUUAUAAGAUCAAUAAAUUAAAAUGAGAAAAGAUUUUAAUAUUAAAUUAAAUCUUUAGAGAGAAGUAUUUCUAUUAUCUAGAGAUUGUAAGACAUAUAUAUUUUAAAAUAUUGAUUAUGGAGAUAAUUAUUCUAUAUUUUUUAUUGGAUAGAUGUUUGCUAAAUUAGAUAAAUCAAUCUAAGAAUAUAUUAAUGGAGGAAAGGCUUAUUUUAUGGCUAGAGAAGAUGUUAAAAGAAUCUAAUUAACUUGUAAUACAUAUAGAAAUAAUUUAUAUGCUUUUUAAAAAGAUAUUAUGAAAAAACCAAUUUAUUAAACAAGUUAUUUCUAACAAAAAAGAUCUAAAAAUCAAAAUUAACCAUAAGAAACUGUUGAUUCUAUUUUAUCUUAACCUUUAGAUCCAGAAUGUGAAUAUUAUAAAUAAGUUUGGGAGAAAGAUAAAUUUGAUAAAUUUGUGAUGAAAGCAUCUAGUAAAGAUCAAUUUGAAUAAGGAGCUUAAGUUUAUUUUUGUUAUGGUAGAUUAUCUAAUAGAAUGAUGCUUAUGAGAUAUGGAAUGUCAUUAGAAUAUAAUAAAUAUGAUCAUGUACAUUUAAGAAUAGAAUAUUUGAAAUAUUUAUAAAGUAAUGAAGCUAUAUGGUUAGUUCAUAAAUAUCAAUUAAGUAAAUACAAAAGAUUCAAAUUAAAACAUACUACUUUUCCUUUAGAUUUUAUAGUAUUUUGUAAAUCAAUAUAUUGGUAAUGAUAUUUAUAAAUACUUAGGACAUUUAAUGUACAUUCUUUGGAUUCAUUUUUUAAGAUUUAAGAUCUAAAAUUAGAAAGAAAAGCAUUAUAAUUAGCAUUAGAGAUUUUAAUUGAAGAAAUUUCAAAAUUUUCAGAUAAAUUAGAAGAAAAUGAAAAAUUAUUGUAUGAUAAAACAUUAGGAUAUCAUGAAUAUUUUGCAGUAAUUUAUAGAUUAGAAAGAUAAAGAAUUUAUCAUCAUAAUAUUAAGUAAUUUUAUUAUAUUAAACAUAGUUUAAUAAAAAUUUGUAUUGUUGUUAUUGAUAGAAUGCUAGAUGGAAUACCAUUUGAUUAAGCCACUGAAAAAACAUAAUUUGAUUUCGAUUAUUGUGAAACUAAUCGUAUAAUCUUAAAGAAAUAUUUUGAACAGAUGAGAUAUGCUCUUUAUUUACCUAAAUGA